AACUAAGAAAUAAAAUUAGAAAAGGAUUCAGCAAUGAUAUUGGAAAACUUUAUGAACUUCUGAAAGGUUAACAGAAACUUAAAGUAUAAGAGGCAAUAAUCCCAAACAAGAAAAACUCGUGCCACGCUUAAUUCCCGAUUCUCCAAACCCGAAGUGACAGUGCUUAGAAUGAUGAUGUCGAUGUUAAUUAAAUUCUCUGUAACUUGCGUCUUCGCUUGAAGUCGUCGCUUAUCUUUUCCGUUGAACACGAUGAUGGGAUUUGGAUCUUAUGGUGGGAGCGCUUAUGGAGGAGGAUCUUCAAAUUUAUCAGCUUUAGCUCCCCCUUUCACUGUCGAUCGAUCCAUCCCAAAACCUUCUUCAGCUACCCCACUUGUUGAUCUGGGUGAACCCUUGAAUUGGCUUGAUACUAAUCCGUAUACUUUUAAUUCACCCCAACCUGCUCAACGUUUGGACCCAAUUCCCACUUCUUCCUUCGACCAGAAAUCGGAUCUUUUUGAACCCAAGACUUAUUUCCCUUCCUAUGUCUCACCUCCCUUUCAUGUUCCUACUUUCGAUGAGCAGAGCUUGCCUGGCCUGGACAAUACAGCUCAAUGGGGUGUUGGCUCGUGGGGUUGGGAGAAAGGGAACCCGUCUCAGCUCGGUGGGAGUUUCUAUUCGAAGGAGUCGAAUGGAUCUCCUUCCUCUAUUUUCAAGGAUCAUAUCAACCUUGGAGCUCAUCCCUCUAAGUGCCUGAAUACAUGUGAACAAGCUUCACAAAAUUUCUAUUCUCUAGGUACGGAAAAGCAAGUUGCCCCCCCUAGUAUAGAUAAACUAGAUUAUAACCCUGUCCCAGGGCAAAAUCUUUCUUUCAUGCCUGUUGGCUACUCGAAUACAUCAGUUAUCGGGUCCAGUUCGGCACUUCCUGAAGCAGAUUUGCAGGUACCUUCCUUAAAUCUAGUAAGUUGCAAGAACAAUUUAGUGCCAUUCAACAUUCCAUAUGAAAAACCUGUGAGACAGCAUGAUAUGAGUGGCAACAGUCCCUCUAAUGUGAAGGAACCUCAUUAUUUGUUAAACUUUGGUAGCAAAAAUGAGUUCGACCCAAGUCUACUCAACUAUCAUGUUGAUGGAAAUUGUUAUCUGUAUGGGGAUUCAUCAGCAACAAGGACUGACAAGCUUUCGACUUCAAAUAUGACAUCUAAGGAUGCCUCUGAUAAUUCCUUCAGAGCAAAACCUGGAGUUACUUUUACACAUAAUGGUCCAGAUAAUUUCUGUUCAGCACUUGAUUGUAAUGGAGUCAUUGCUAUGGAGAAUGCUUUAGAGAACUUGGAUCAUUACAACCCUCCUGUUGACUCACCUUGCUGGAGAGGAGCUCCAUCUUCUCAUAAUUCCCCAUUUGUAUCUUCAGAGGCUGUUUCUGUGCAGCUUGAAAAGAAACUUGAAGCUUGUGGUGAUGGUCAAGAACUUAAAUUUAUGCCUAUGAAUACUGCUAACAUGGUCAGGCUUCCUUCUGAAAAACCAGGUGAAAGCAGUAUGAAUGUUGAGAAUGGGAGUGUGGAAGAUAGUUCAGUCUCUUUCUUGAAAUUGCCUUCUGUCUCUAUCAUGUCAUCUAGAGAUCAUCUACCUGACGUCGUUGGGAAAGCAGGACCCUAUAACAGAGUAACAAGUUCUGCACGUAAGAUAAAUUUUUCUGAUGAUGCAAGUGAACAAAAGAACAGUAAUGUCUUAUUCAACAAAUCAGCGGAUGAGGUUGAGAAGUCAUCUUGCACCAUUGAACAAAAUGUUACAGAAGGUAGAUUGGCUUCUAAAAAUUUGCUCACCUUUGAGACUGAUUUUUCUGAUCUUGUGAUGAAGAUAAAUGAUGUCUCAGGCUGUGGUUCAUCUCAUAUGUCGUGCCAUGAAGUAAAAAGUCUUUCAUGCUUGCCAUCCUCUGUAGAAGAUGUUUCUACUCAGCAUUCUAAAUUCUUUGGGAAAGAACCAGUUUCAACUAACAGCAUAGGUGUUCUAUUAGAUACAAUGCAUAACCUGUCAAAAUUGCUUCUGCAUCACUGCUCCAACAAGUCAUCUGAGUUGAAGGAACCAGAACGCAAGUCACUUGAAAAAGUAAUAAAAAAUCUUAAUACAUGCAUGUCAAAAAAUGUUGGACAAGAAUCAUUUUUAAGCGAUCUACAUGAGGGGACAAGCAUGGGAAGGCCCCAGGUGGCAGCUAUUGAUUUCUGGAGUCAGCAUGUACAAGAGAAAACGAAGCAUUCUGGUAAGAAAGAUGAGAAGUGUUCUGAUUUCAUUCCUUUCGAGAAUGGUACAGACAUAAAGGCAAGAAAUGAUAAAAUGACCCAGGCUAUGAAGAAGAUUCUGGUUGAGAAUUUUCAUGAGAAGGAUGAGACACACCCACAAGUUCUUUUGUAUAAGAAUUUAUGGCUCGAGGCAGAAGCUGCUUUAUGUUCCACCAAUUACAUGGCUCGUUUCAAUAAGAUUAAGAUUGAAAUAGAAGAAUCCAAAUUGGACAAAAGAAAAGAAGAUGCAUCAGAUGAGGAUAAAAAAUCUAGUUCUAAAUUUUCUGCUCAAGUAAACACCAAUAAGAAAUUAACACAAUCAGCUGAGAGUGAAUCACCUACUGCUGUUUCUAACCAGAAUUCUUCCAUCAAAAGCUCUUGCUACCAUGCUGAUGAUGUGACAGCCAGAUUUCAAGCACUAAAACAGCGGCUUAACAAUUCUAGUUCUGUUCAUACUAGAGAGCUUGAUGAACUUUCGAGCUCCAAGCUUUGUCCGGAUUUGGAUGGUGUUGACCUAUUGGCAACUGAAGUAAAGGACAACUCUACUCUAGGCCUGUCAUCUCAAGACUCCAUUGUACAAGGAAUAGCCUGCCAGACAGAAGAUGGUGAAGCCUCUGUAAUGGCUAGGUUUCAAAUUCUGAAAAAUCGCGACUUUGACAAUUUGGAUCCAAAUGAGGUGGAAAGGAAACUACUUCCAGAGGUUGUUGAUCUUCCAUUUGCAGGAAUGACAAAGCAAAUACCCAUUGAUAAAGACAUAUCAGAGGAUGUAACAUCGGGUGUUAACCUAGAACCUGUUUCACAGCAUCAUGUGACCAACCAAGCAGGAGAAGAGCUAGUUGUCCAGCAUGACUUCAUGAUACAGUCUCCUGGAAACCAUUCCUCUUCAGGUAGGUAUGACAAUUGUUCUUCAGACUGGGAACAUGUAUUGAAGGAGGAGUUUUCAGGACAAAACAGUUGAAUCAAAACUCGAUCGAAGUUGUUAUCCUGUGGUGAAUAAUACCUUGUUCUCAUAAACAUAUCUGUAAGUGUGUGGAACUCCAACUCUGAGUUGCUCAGAACAUACUGCUCUCCAACCUUGUAGAAGAGCUGUUAAAAACUUACUUAGGAUAAACUUGUUAUGCAUCUUUCUAUUCUUGUUUGACUCUUUAAAGGUUUUUAAUCCUUGUUGGUUAUCUUUCAA